ACGAAAUAAUAAAACAAGUAUGCCCAGCUUUUCAUUUAGGUUUACGAGGUAAAAUUUACGAGGUUUUGACAUAAAUCACCACUUCUAUGUCUUCUGACUAAAAAUCUUCUGUUUUUAUUAAGCAUUAAAAUUCAACAGACUGCUUUUCCCAAAUAAGAACAACAUUCGUAGUAAUCAAGACCUGUAAAAGUGUUGUAUGUUAACAAAGAGAAUUAAAAUUAUGUUCCAUUUUUAGACAGCAAUAAGAUAAUGUCUUGGCUUAACAUAAGCGGUAAUUUAUCUUCUCUUGCAACCAAUGUGACAAGCUUCACACGUGAAGUGCUUACAGAGGCAAAAAACGACUCCUAUCAACAUCUCAGUGAUGAUGAUGACAACAACUUACCUGAAGACAUUGAGCCACAACAUGAGCCCAAAAACUUGAAUGAAAUGAUAAACAAACUGGCAGUAUUGCAAGAGGAGCUAAAUUUAGCAAAUUCUGAAUUAAGCUCUAAAAAUGAUGAAAUUUAUUUGUUACAGUCGGAAAGAAACAAAAUACAACAAGAGCAUGAAAAGCAUGUUUCAAAUUUGCAACAGCAUUUGCUAGGAAAGGAAAAUGAAAUCCAGGAAGUUGAAACAAGACUACGAGAAAAGGAGUCUCAGUAUGAAUUGGAUAUUCAAAAUCUCUCCAUGGAGAAGGAGCAGUUGGAAUUGCAAUUGUCUCAACGUGACAGCAGUGAUGCUGAUGAUGGUUGGGGUAAAGACUGGGAGAGCGAGAAUAUAGACGAGGAGAUAAAUAAAACCAAGCAAGAGAAUGAGUCCUUGUCCAAUGAGGUGAUGAUGAAGGAAAUCAUAUUAAAUUCAAUUGAAGCUAAAAUGUGUGAAAUUUCACAGACAAGUGUUGAUGUGGCUGAUUUUUCUUCAUGGAUUGAUCAUUUUACAAACAAAUAUGUGGACAAACCUGAUUACGAUAUUGAAAAUGUAAGAACAGAGAAUGAGGAGUUAAAAUCCAAAAUUGCUGCGUAUGAAAACAUCAUAUCUGUCAUAGAGAAUAAUAUGAGUCUACAUAGUUCGACUGGGCAAGCUUACGAUGCUAGUAUGUUCCAGGACUGGCUCAAUGACUUCGUCAACACAAGAAAAGAUGGUAAUCUUGAAGAAAAUAAGUGUAGAGAACAAAUGAAACAAAUUGAGAAAGAAAUACGUGAGUUUGAUGAAGAGUAUGAAAACUUCGAAAUAGCUAAUUUUCGUGACUGGCUUGAAAAAGUUCAAAGUCAAAUUGACGACCUAGAGGUAGAACUUCUAAAUGAACAAGAAACAAAGGAGAAAGAAGCUGAAAGGAGAGCUGUAGAACGUGAAAAACUCAAUGAACUUUUUAAGGAAAAACAAAAUGAAAUAGCUGCUCUUAAAGUUGAACUAUAUAAUAUAACCAAUUCGGAAUCGUCAACACAAAUAACAGAACAAACUGGUAUAAAUGGAGCCAUGUAUUUGGAGAAGCUAACAGGACUUCAAGAGCAACUGAAUGAGACAAAUACACGGUGUGAAGCAUUACAAGAUGAAAUUCGAAGUUUAAAAGGACAAAAUAGCAAUCUGCAUGAUCAGCUGGAAAAUUCAAACGAAGAAAUAGAAACUUGUGAAGUAGCGAAGUAUAACUACGAAACAAAAUGUCAUGAGUUGCAAUUAAAGUGCAGCAAUUUAGAAAAAGAAUUGUCCUGUGUUCAAGAAGAAAAGGCUACAUUUGAGAAAAAUCUUAAUAAGGGGUCUAAUGAAUCAACAAGUCAACAAAACGAAACUAAAAUUAUACCGAAUCCGGAAUUACUUGGGACGAUAGAAAAUCUCAAAGACGAUAAUAGCAAGGUUAACAACCAAUCAGAUCAUAAUGUUGCUUUAGAAAACCUUUGUGCAGACUUAAAGGCAAUUGAGAGUAUAUUAGAAGCAGUUGUGGGUAACAAGGAAGUUGACUUAGAACGGACAUGGAGUUGCAAAAGUGAAAACAGUGUUGUACUACUCAAACUGGUGCAAGCUGUAGCCGGAAAGGUUAUGGAACUGAAAGAGAAAUGUGAAGAAAUGUGCAAUGAAGUGGAGCAUUAUGAGGAGAAAUGUACAUUGUUAACUAAUGAUUGUAAGGAAUGUGAAGAAAAAUGUGCAAGUCUGAAAAAUGAUAUCAAGACCUAUAAGAUGGAGUUGGCAGAAUUAACCAAUCAAAUUAACGAAUACAAGGAAAACUAUUCAACCCUAAUUAAUCAAAAUGAUGAAAGCAAGGAGAAGUGCUCAAUAUUGACCAAUAAAGUUAAGGAAUAUGAGAAGAAAUGUACAAUCUUAAGUACAGAAAUUGAUGAACUUAAAGAAAAAUGUGUUGUUUUACAGGAGAAAGUAAAACAUGACGCAGAAAAUGAUAGUGAAAAGUGGAAUGCAAUGACUAAAGAAAUUGAAAAUUGCAAGGAAAAAUUCAAUCUAAAGGAAGAAGAGCUUGCAUCCACCGCAACAAUAUCUAUAACAAUCAACAAUCUACUUCUUUACAUUUCAUCAGAACUUGACGAAUUACAAGAAGAUUUCAACAACGACGCUUUUCGUCUUUUAAAGAACGGAGAGCUUCAAUCAACUGACAUAUCAAGUUAUGUACCUUACAUGGAAGUUCUGAAAGAUUCUGUGCAGAAAAUACAAGACGAGAAUAGGUUGUUGCAGGAAAAGUUGCUGCAGGUUAAUCAAAAUAAUGAAAUGCAACAUUGGUGUUCGCCUGAGCAACAAGAAUAUGAAAAACCUCCGCCAAAUAUUGUUUACGAAGAAAUUCAAACUGCUCAGAAUGUUAAAGGGUUAAAUGCAGAAGCUCCGUCAAAAGAAGACAUGUUUUCUGUACAGACAUCAGAAUUGCAGCAACAACUGCAAGAUCUGCAAAUAUUGCACGAUAUGUCGAAUUCAACUCACGAAUCUGAAGUUCAUGAACUAAAAUUAGAAAUUUCAAAUUUAGAAGGAGCGAUACAGGAGCUCAAGAUGAAGGCCUCAUCUACAGGUGGCAACAUGAAGUUUGGUGCGUUAAAAAGAAAAAUGCAGGAGCUUGAGGCUACAAAUGAAUUUUUAACAAAAGAAAAUGAACAAUUAAAACAAGGACCUCAAAAGACUGAGAAUGUGGUUUCAAAUAAUCAGCAGCAAUAUGAUAUUCUGUCUGCUCAGUUAGCUGAAAAAACCUCGGAAUGCCAAUAUUAUUAUGAACAAUAUGAACAAAUGAAAGCAAAAUUAUUAGACGUUCAGAAUGAUAUGAGUUCCCUCCAGCAAGAAUGUGAGCAAGUUAAACAUAUCCUGCAGGAAAAACAAUCAUAUGAUGGAUCAUAUAAUCAACCGCAAACGUUUGGGUAUCAUGAAAAUACGUCAUCACAACAUCAGGACCAAUUACACAAUUUGUCGUUGUUGUUAACAGAAAGGUCAGAGGAGUGUGAACACUUGCAGCAGCAAAUUGAAUACAUGAAUUCCAAGUUAAUUGAGUAUCAGAACGAUGCUUCUGAUUUGGAGUUAGUACGUGAAGAAUGCAAGCAACUGAAAACCAUGUUGGCUGGUAAAGAACAUCAAAGUCGUGUUGAUGAUACAAUCAAUCUGUUGCAGACGGAAGGUAAACAGUUGAAGCAACUCCUUAGUGAAAGAAAUACUGAAUAUGAAAACUUACAAAAGGUGUUGCUUGAGAAAGAAAAUGAUUUAUCAGAUAUGGUGUUACUUCAAGAGGAGUGUAAACAGUUGAAACAAAUGUUGAUGCAAGGAAAUAGUUCACAACCAAAAAGUGGUCUGGAGGAAAGUUUUCAACAGUUGCAAACAACACUCGAAGAACGAGAUGAAGAAUUACGGCAAAAGAAUGCAAAGCUUAUAGAAAUGGAAAAUUCCAAUUCGGAUAUGGAUCUUUUGCGAGAAGAAUGCAAACAGUUGAAAGUAAUGCUGCUAAACAAAGGAUCUGGUUCUGUUAUCACUGCACCUCACAACACCACUAACAAUGAGGAUCUGCAAACCUCACUAAAUUCGAGUACAGAUGAAUUUCAAAACAGUUUCAUGGUUCAAGUGCAACAACUGGAAGAAUUUUUAAAAGAAAAAGAGGAAGAACUGGCCCAGAAAGAGCAAGAGCUCCAACAAAAGAAUCAGAUUAUCUUAGAAAUGCAGCAUUCAACAUCUGAUAUGGACCUGCUGCAUAACGAAUGUCGAGCAUUAAAAGAUAUCAUUAUGGAAAAGGAGAAAACAUUUUCUGAACUGCAAGAUGACUUAGAUUCUGCAAACAAUAUGAUCCAAGUGAAAAACGAAGAAUUGAAAAAUAGAGUUCGUCUAUGUUUGGAUUUCGAAGAAAAACUACAAGAAGCAAACAAUACUUUGACGCUCAAAGAAGAGGAAUAUGAAAUGCUGAAAGAAGAGCUCAACGAAAAUAUGGCGCAAGAUGAAAAUAUCCACAUAUUACAAACGGAAUACCGUAAUGUAGAGGAACAGUUGAAAGCAAAACAGGCUGAGUUAAAAGAGACGCAGGAAAAACUGUUUGCUGCUGAAACGUACUGUGAGAGAUUAAAAGUCUACGAAGAACAGUACGAUGGACUGAAAGAGACUUUAAAAGAGAAAGAUGAACAACUAAGUAACCUCCGGUUGCAGUCCUCAGAAAUAUCGAUUUUGGAAAGUGAAACAGUUGGUUUGCUACACCAGGAACUGAAUGGCUUAAAAACACUUGUAUAUGAACGUGAAAACCAAAUCAAUGAACUCACCCAAACGCUAGAGAAAAAGACAUUUGAGUUGCAGAAUAUAUACAAUGAAUCUAAGGAAACUAUAACAGAACUACACACGAAACUCAGUGAAAAUUACAAACAUAUUGAGGUUUUAAAUGAAGAAAAAGAAUCUUUGGAAGAGCUUAGUAAUGAGCGCCAUUGUCGACUCGAGGAAGCUCUUUCUAAGGAAAGGGAAUUAAUGCAGGAGUUAGGUAGUAUGAAAGUUGAAUUGGAUGGUUAUUGUGAAAAGGCAGUCGAGUAUGAAUCAUUUGUUCAUUCUGAUCAGACUGUAUUGAUUCAUGAGAAAGAGGAUAAGAUAAAACAUCUGCAUGAAUUACUAGAACAAGAGAAAACAAAGAAUGGUGAACUCGAACAAACUCAAAUUGAAAACCUAGUUUUGAUAAACGACAAAGAAAGUGCAAUUGAAGCUCUAAAAGCUGAACUUCAGUUGGAGCAAAAUAAAAACAAUGAGCAUGAGUCAGCAAAAAAUGCAUUGCUGACUGAUUUCAAAGAUAAAGAAGCAAUGAUAGAAAGUCUUGAACAUCGUCUGAAGAAAGCUCAUGAAAAACAGGAAGAAAUUUUAGAUUCUCUUCAAUCCAAGAAUCGUGCAGACACUCAUUGUGAAAAAUGCAAGCUGCUCCAAAAUGACAAAACAGAAAUAGUUUCUAUUAUUCAAGAGAUUGACGAAUCUUUACAAUCAGAUCAUGAACUUUCCAAUGACAUUGUAGAUAAUCUAAGAAUGUUUAAGUCAUCGAUCAAAAUUCUAAAAAUGCGAGUAGAUACAGCUGAAGAGAAAUGCAUGCACUUGGAAAAGGAAGAAGAAAAAUUGAAAACAAACCUCGAACAACAGUUAAUUCAGGAGGCUGAUGUAGAAAAAGUGGCAGAAGAAUGUGAAUUCAAAAUACAAGAUUUGCAAAGUCAGUUACUCGAACUGAGAGAAAUGGAGACCUUGUAUCAAAGUAUGUCCAUGGAAAAUCAAACCUUGCAAGAUGAGAUCGUAAAAGUGCGUGAAGAUGGUGCUAUGAAGUGUAAGACAGCUGAAACAGAGGUAGCAGAUUUAAAACAAAGAUGUCAAGAAAUGUCAUCUGAACGAAAUACGUUACUAGACCAUAUCAGCAGUUUAAAAGAGGAGUUGCAGAAAGCAUCAAAUGAAUCUCAGCUUGCGCAAACAGAAAUUGAGAACAUACAGAACCAUUUACUUCACUUGCAGGAAGAAAAUCAAAGGAGAGUUAAAGAAGCCGAAAGUACUGCUAGUUCUGUUGUCGUAGCAGAAUGUGAUAGAUUGAGAGAAGAAUUGGAAAAAAAUUCACAUUCCUAUUUAGAGAAAAACAAGGAAUGUGACCAACUGAAACUCGACAUAUUUCAUUUGGAAGAGAGUCUCCACGAACUUCGUUUGGCUCACGAGAAAUUAAAAGAUGUAGAUAUUUCCAGCGUAGACUUGUUGAGGCAAGAAAGUGUGGAUAAGCAAGCACAAAUCAACUUGUUGGAAUCUUCUCUGGAAGACUUGCAAGCCAAACUUGAAAGUGGAAGAACAGAGAAGCAAUUUCUUGAGCAGCUAGUGCAAGUUAAAGGUAACCUUGAAGUUGAAAAAGAGGAGUUGUCGUUCCAAAAAAACCAAUUAGCAAAUCGUGUGCAGGAACUAGAGGUGAUGCUGAAACAUAAGGAUAUUAGUUAUCGGGAAAUCGAGGCGAAAGCUGGUAGAGAACUUGAUAGGUUGAGAAAUCAUUUAAUGAUGACCGAGGAAAACCACACCAGAGACAUUUUGGAAGCCCAGCAACGCGAAGAUGCUUUGCAGAAAGAAUUAGAUGAUCUGAAGCAAAAUUUAAGUAAAAAAGCAAUCAUAUUGCAGGAUUCAAGUAAACAGUUUCAAGAGCAUGUGGUGGAUUUGGAAGAACAACUGAACGUGAUUACUGCACAGAGGGAUAACCAAGAACUUGAUCUGUCGAAAUGUAAAGAAAGGAUGAAUUCUGAUGCUCUGGCUAUUUAUAAUCUUCAAAGUGCUUUAGAACAAUUAGAGAAAGAUAAAACCGAGCAAUAUGAAUAUUUAACAUCAGUGUCACAGAGAAAACAACUAGAGUUCGAAGAAAGAAUUCAUCAAUUAACAGAAGAAAGACAACAGGCGCAAGCUACAAUGGCUGAGGCGUCGUUGGCUGUACAAGGUAUCAGUAAAAUAAAUUUGGAGUUGCAACAGAAAGAGAAUGAGUUAAAAGUGAGCAAAGAAAGAAUGAACGAGUUACUUGCAGCGUUGAAAGAACGAGACCUGCAAUGCAACAAAAUGAUUGAAGCAUCAGACAAUAAAAUGGAUAAGUCAUUAAUUCGGAAUCUACUACUAAAGUAUUUCCAAGCACCGGAAGACAAACGAAGCGAUAUCGUGCAAGUGAUUGGUGGAUUAUUGGGCUUAUCUCAUGACGAGAUACAAAGGAUUGGCACUGGUGCUGUACCAAGUAAAGUUGGUGGGUGGAUAUCUAACGUGUGGAGUUAUGCAACACCAAAGAAGCCACCCGCAACACCCAAGACACCCGUUUCAAAAUACGAUAGCAAUAAGUCAUUCUCGGAACUGUUUGUUAAAUUUCUUGAACAUGAAUCAGAAUCGAAUGGAGCGACUGUCGAUACAGCUUCUUUGACGUACAAUAAUGAUGCGGUGACGCCGACGGUUCAAAUGUUCUCACCUGCUACGCCGGAUAUAUUGACGUUUCAUAGCAAUAAAAACGACAUCAGUUCUGGUCAACGGAUACCUGCGCCCGGACAAGAAAUCCCUCGUGUUCACACUCAUCAUGCACAAUCAACUUUAAAAACUCUCCUAUCCUAGUCAAAAUUAACUUAGAUGAACUAUUUUUAAUGACUUGUGAGAUAAGCCACAACAUCAGUUAUCUCGAACACUCUCUACAUCCGCACAUCCUGUAAAAGAGUUUUUUAAAUUCUCCUGUGAUAUAAAUUUUCUGAUUUUCUCAUAUGUGGAAUGGUCAAUCUUUCGUGAAUAAAUGUAGUGAAUCUUUUAAGGUGUUUGAAAAAAACUACGAACCAUGUAAGUAAAUAUAUUUUUCAGUAAUAUUUAGUAUAUAUUAUCAAUUUUUACAUAUAUUUGGCGGAUUUGAUGUAUUUUAUAACUUAUAUUAUUUGGGUUCACAAAUUGCAAUAACUAAA